UGCGCGACUCCUGUCGGCCGCUGCGAGCGAGACUCGUUCAUCCAACACAAGGAACUCGAGCUCCGUUGUGUUGUCCACGGCAACUGCAUUGUCGCUGUCAGUAUUGUUGAUCAACAAAAGGAAUCGUGGAUUUUAACGGGUCUCACUGCAGGGAUGUCGAAACUUAAGCUUAUAUCUGUAGAGGACACCGAGUACCCAGCAUCACUGUUGAAGUCCAUCAAUGAACAGCGAAACAAUGGUUUAUUCUGCGAUGUCACCAUAAUCGUGCAAGACCGCAAGUUCAGGGCACACAAGACAGUGCUGUCAGCCUCAAGUACUUAUUUUCGCCAACUUUUCUCUGUUGCCGGACAAGUUAUAGAGCUGAACUUCAUUAAGGCAGACAUAUUUGAGAUGAUUUUGAAUUACAUAUACAGCUCUAAAGUCUUCAGAGUUCGAUCAGACAAACUUGAGGAUCUCAUCAGCGCUGGUCAAAUUUUGGGUGUGAAGUUCAUAGCCAAUUUAGCAACUCCUCUUGCACAAGUCAAGGGAUUACCCGGCCUGUCCAGAGAAGGAGACAACAACAGUGUUAAUUCUUCAGAGAAAAAUGGAGAAGAGCACAAUAUGCCGAUCAUUACAGAGUCAUUCUCGCUGUCUGCUGAAGAGUUCAACAUGGCGAGCUGUGGUAAAGAAAAGGAAGUAGACUCUGACGAUGAUGAUAUUCUUUUUGUCUCAAAAACAGAAGCCCCACAAGCUCAAAAGACCAAGUUAUCUGAAGUUAAUAACGUAGAGUCAGAAAGAGGACCAGAAGCUAAAAAACAAAAAGUCAUAAAUGAGGAAGGGAUGGGCUCUAAAAGUUCAGCGGACCAAGAAGGAAAAGACAAACUUCCUGAAUGUACAGAAAAAAAUCUUCCACUCCAAAACAACUUUCAGCCUCAGUUUCCAAGUACCGUGAUUCCAGCAGGAUCCAGUAGCGGUUUUAUCACUUCACCUGUCAGAACCAACUCAAAUACUGAGCCCACCACACCGACUCCCAUGACCACUCCAGAUCCUCACUGCACCUCAGUGCCUCUGGAAAACAAGGAGAUGGUCAGUGCUCAAAAAAAGAAAGCUCUUCCAGGACAGUCGCCAGAUCAACAAAGUAAACUCAAACUGUCAACUUAUAGCCACAAUAAUGGACCAGGGAAUAGAAUUAACCCAGUUUCAGCAAAAAAGACAAUAACGUUAGACAAAGCUUCGGAAAUCGAUUCGCUAUCACCGGGUUGUAAAGUCUAUGCUAACAUAGGUGAGGACACCUAUGACAUUGUGCCUGUAAAAGAGGAUCCAGGGGAGGGUGCUGCUCCUGGUAGAAAAUCCGAAACGGCACACGGAGCAGACUGUGUGAACAAUCACUCGCCCCGUGGAAAGAAAAAAAUCAAGCAGGACCAAGACGAUCACUAUGAAAUUGUAAUGGACGGCAAAACUUUCUUUGUGUGCACCGUGUGCAAGCGUCCCUACGUGUGCCUGACAAGUCUCAGGCGUCACUAUAACACUCACUCGUGGGAGAGAAAGUAUCCGUGCCAUUACUGCGACAGGGUUUUCGCUCUGGCAGAAUACAGAACCAAACACGAAAUCACUCACACGGGGGAAAGACGCUACCAGUGUUUACUGUGCCAUGAAACGUUUCUCAAUUAUCAGAUUUUGUCCACUCACUGCAAGCAGAUUCACAACCAGGACCCUUCAGGAAGAAAACAGAAAGAUGACUCGUGCAACAACUUGUACCGUCUAUUGCCUUGUAAAACAUUGCAGUUGAAAGCGUAUUCCUUUGUGUCCGAGAAUUCAGAGGGAAUACCGCCGGUCACUGACGACGAAGGCGUUCAGCAUAUUAGCCCGGGUAAAGAGCACUUCACAAACCAGGCACUUCCAUCGAGCCAAAGCAAAGCACUGAACUGGGAUGAUGUUUUUGCAGAACCCGAGACACAUGCUGAUGUUCGAGCUGAGCCCCCUCCAUUACCCGUGAACCAAAUAAACGCGAGCACAACAGAAUUUGAGUUUGUUAUACCAGAGACGUACUGAGCAAAGUUGUUCACUGCUCUGGCUUAGGUGCCUUGUGUUUUUUGGGGGUCUUUAAUAUGAGGGGUAGACGUGGUUGUGUGUUUUUGGACCAGAUGAUUCAUCUUAACUCCUGUAUCCAUCAACCAUCUAUCAACUCGGUUGUUUGCAGGUGCUUUUUGUUUAUGUACAUUUCGAAUCAUGUAUUAGCUUCGGUUUACAGUUUCACAGCUCAUUAUUAAAUCCUAAAAAUACUUUUUAGACAAAUGAUUAGGUUGGUAGACAAUAUGUAUGUUUUGUAUAACUACUGUACGGUAGGCCUGACUUUUGAACUGUCAUCUCUAUAUUUUCUAUUGCUUUUUCGGGUUCUGUUUUGAGGACCGAACAGCCAUGUUGGAUAUAAUUGGUAGAGAUCAAUUACACACUGUUGCAGGAAAAAUGCUUUUUUUUAACAAUCUUGGAACUGUGUUUUAAUGCUAUUUGGAUAAUGUUAUGAAAAAUGAGCUAAAAUUAAUGGACCCAAUUCAGCAUACUAACUUCACGAUUCCUUUCACAGACAUGCUAACAUGUAUUUUUAUUUUCCAUGCAGUACUUUUUGUAGUUAUUAAUGUUCGUUUGGCACUAGAUAUAUUAAUCUAAGUAUUAAUGGGAGGUUCUGGUUCUAAGAACGAGUUUGAAAGUAUGUAUUUAUAGUUCUUGUUGAUUGUAAUCAAGUUGUAAUGAGGAUGGAGUAAAUAAGUGGAAUAUUUUGGU